AUGCGCGCAAAGCAGUCCCUCCUCGCUCUCGUCGUCAUUGCUGUUCUGGCUCUCCUCGUCGUGCCAGGGUCUUCAACUCCGUCUCCUACGUCUGCUGAUGCGACCGUCGCGGGAAGGCCAGUCUGGAAGGGCAACUGUGAUAAUCCACGAGUCCGCAAGGAGUGGCGAACGCUCACUCGACAGGAGCAGAUCUCCUUCAACGAGGCAGUCCAGUGCUUGAAACGGAAGCCACACGACAGCCGCCUCCGAACUGUUGCGCCUUCCCACUUGUCUGGCGUGCCAAACAUUAAUCCAAAGUCGACGUUUUGGGACGACCUCGUCUAUGUCCAUGCAACAUGUACGCCCCUCGUUCAUUUCACUGGCCUCUUCCUUGCGUGGCAUCGCCUUUUCGUCUAUAAUGUCGAAACAGAGCUUCAAAAUUGUGGCUUUCCCAAGAACCUCGGCAUGCCGUAUUGGAAUUGGACGCUGGACUACAAGGACGGCCUGGACAAAGCACCUCUCUGGGGUACUGAGCCAUGGCAGAUUGGCCCUGCGACGGGCACGGGCAAGAACUGGAUCGUCGAGGAGUUCCCGGAGAUGGUCGCGUAUCCUUCCCCGCAUAGAAUCUCUCGGCGCUACAAUCGACAUCCAUUUCGGAAGUCGGUCGAGAGCGAAGUACUGACGAGCUCCUUUGCUGCCAAUUCCAAGGUGGCAGCGACGAACACUAAGGUGGCAAACAACACCGUAUUGCCCAAUCACAUCAUCCAAAAGGCAAAGGAACAGACAGGUCAUACUCGCCGAAGCAAAUUAGCAAAGGGCGAAAAGCCCGAGAGCAUCAAACCGGCGAAUCAGCCAAAAAGGUUGUCGCCAUCCGAUCUGGCCAAAAGAUUCUCAACCGAGGAGAAGGCAUUCAAAGGAUCACUGUCGCAGAAAGUCAAAGAGGAUGACGAGACUACCAACAUGACGGGAGAGGAGAUGGUGUCACCGGAAGCGAUCAGAUGGGUCUUUGAGGCUCGGGACGGCGACUACGAGACCUUUGCCCAGCGCGUUGAAGGGACACCUCACGUCGCAGCACACGAAAGCUUCUCGAUUCACAAUCUCGAUAUCAAUUAUUCACCAGAGUCGAGCCACUUCUACUUGCAUCACUGCAUGGUCGAGCAAGAGUGGUACAGCUGGCAGAAGCGCAGUCCACUGAAUCAGGGUGCCAUCGGUGGAAAACAGACUCAGUCGGAGCACGAAGGCCUUGGAGUGGGAAAUGCCGUGACAUACGACACCAUUCUCCCCAUGGCUGGUAUUUGGCCGGAUCAGAAAGUGAGGGACGUUCUCGAUCCGAGAGGCAACGCUCCCUUGUGUUACGAGUAUCAGUAG